UUUUUUAUAUGCGCACGGGGGGAUUUGUUUAAAAGCUCAUACAGGCGGGGAGAUCGAAGCGUAAAGGUAUAUAGAUUCAGCGCCGGAACUUCCCAGACAUAAAAAGUAUGAAAUUGCGUCGAUUCAUAUGCGUGGAUUUUUGUGUGAUUACAUUAACUUAAGGAAACGUCAGUGACGUUUCGAAGCAGCUGAUUACAAUAUUAAAUAAAAUUUGUUACGACAUCUUAUUUCCUAGUCUAGUAUGCAUGAAGCUUUAUUUUUUAGAGAUUACUUAUAUAAAGUCGAUUAUUUUACUUACGUACUCGUAACACUAAUCUAUCACGUACUCAUGUGUACUUUAAUAAGAUAUUUGUUGCAAUUAAUUGCAAUUAAAGAAAUUUUAACAAAAAUCAAAACAACAAGAUUCAAUUCAAAAUCUUUGAGAAAGAUGUCCGCGCGUCACGUGCUCGCUGCGGGUCAUAAAUAGAACCGAGCAGUCAUCGCGAGAAGCCAUCGUGAGAGAGGUCAGUGCUGCCUCUCCAGAGAGAUCGCGAAGAAAAUGAAAUUCGACGUGCGCAGUAAUGUAAUCUAAGAGUAAUUGCGUUAUGUAAUCAAAUCUGUGAUAGAACUUUGGCGCGGGAUCGUACUUACACACGUGUCUUCUUCGAGAGGAUGGAGUGCUGUAGCGAUUCCGAAGAGGAGUCUUUCGGUGCCAAGGUUGCCAUGUUCAACCAAAAGGCCAGCAAACAUCAAGACAAGCAAGGCAAAAACCCAUUCACGUCCGGCCUGAACAUCGAGAAGCCGAAAUUCUCCAAAGAAGAAUAUGGAAGACCAGAAGCAGGUUCUUUGUCUGAUCUUCGCGGCCGCAAAGCAAACGCUCACAUACUGAAAGAAAUUCUGGAGCUUUGCGAAAUGAUCAGCCAGGAAGGCACACCUUGUCGAGAUCAACCCGAUGUGAUCGGCAUCAUGUUUGGCGACCUCUUCAACAUUUAUACCAAUAUUAAUGACAAAUGCGUAGGAUUGCUCUUGAGAGCGAGGAAACAAAAAUUUGUGGAAUUCGAGGGCGAAUGUCUCUUCCAGAGAAGAGACGACAAUGUCCCGAUAUUUUUGGUCAAACCAAUCGAAGAAAUUCGCCAAGAGUACAAACAACGAUUAGAAGAAGUCCGAAAGGAAACACUACUGGCUAGUUAAUGUAAAGUACGUCUACUUCUAUUAUUUUCGAGAGAAUAUUCCAUUUGGUCUUACUUUACGGUAAUACAUUUCAAAUAAUCACAUUGUAUGUAAAUUGUGCGCAAGGUUAUUGGAUUUUGUACACUGAGAGUGAGAAUGAGUGCGAUGAUGUAAAUAAUUUGCGAAUACAGUGCGAGAUAAAAAUGUGACGGCGUAGUGUGACCGAUGAUGACAAUGUAAUUUGUAUGAAAAGCGUGUAAGAGAGUCAACUUUGUAAAUAUCCAACAAUAAAUAAUCGAUACACAUACGUCAAGUCGAAAUUCGUCGAGCGACAAAUAUUUUGUUUCUAUCAAGCGGUAGUGUAAGAAAAAAAAAAACAAUUAAUUACCGCAAUGAUUAUUUCAAUGCGCAUAUGUCGUCGAUAAUUUUUUUAAAUAAACGAAGACAUUCCUCGAGUCUUCUCUUAAUUUUGAGUUUUAGUCACACCGGGAGGAACGGGAAAGUUUUGAAAGGAGAAAAGAACGUGCACCAAGACGGAUAAUCGCAUAAUUUAUAUUUGUAUAUACAGUCACUUUACAACGCGCUCUUUUUGUUACACAGUGUAGCUCGAUUACUUUGGGUCAGCGAACGCCAAGUGGAUUUCGGUAAAGACGAUAUCAAAGUAAAAAAACUAAUUAAUAAUAAGAGAGGGAACGCCCUGCCCGCGUAUAUCUCUCGCGCGACAAAGAUGAGCGACGAGGGGAAACGCCGAGGGGAAUUAUAUAUUUUUUUUUUUUUUUUAUAUGUCCGUCCAAAAAGCGGAAGCUUCGAUAAAUCUCUUUUAACGUCAUGCGACAGACAGACAGUACUAGUUUGUAGCCUCGUAUUUUCACCGCGUAUUUAGCGCAGAGCGCGGUCUCACUUGAAGGAAGGCUUGUCUGACAUUUUCAAAAGCCUAUGAGACUUGGUGCCGCAGGGUUCUAAUAAUUAUUUUUUUUAUUUACCACGCAGAACAUCAACGACAAAUCGUAACAUUUAAACAGCAGUGAAAAUAGGAGGGUUGUAAUCGUUUUCCUGAAGGCAGCAAGUUCGAUAUUACAGCAUUCGGAUGAUGCGCGUCGAAUCGCAUCGAUCAUCAAAACACACUGUACACUCCUUCCGAGAAAAAACAUCGAUCGUAGGAUCUCUAUCUCUAGAUUGGCAGUAGCGUUAGUCAUAAUAUUGCAAAGGAAGCUAAACACGUUUUCUCUUCCUAUCUUCUUUGCGUCUUCCUUCGACUCGAAACGGCGAUAAAAAAUAUAUUUCUUUAUUAAAUAAAAUAUCGACAAAGAGAGAGAAACAAAGAAAGAACAAAAUAUAAUUGCACGAGGUCUGUUUUGCCGCGCGUCGUGUUAUUAUUAACAAACAUUAAAACCGGAAUUUCAAAAAGAAGGACUAUAUGCAGUGAUGAAAACAGUUACGUUUUUUUAAUAAAACUAGCACAACACAGACGCGCGCUACUCGCACGCUGUGUUACGGUUUUUA